AUGGCUCCAACUACUAGCAAGAAACGUUCUGUGAACAGUCAAGAUUUUGAAGCAAAGAAUAUUAAGAAGCCAAGGAUUUCUGUUGAUUCCUCUGAUGAAGAUAACUUAGAUAAUAUGUCAGAAGAUGAUCUUGAUGCAGAUCCAGAACAAGAAAAUGAAAAGGAUGUGGAGGAAGAGGAAGGAGCUGAAAAUGAUAAUUUUGUAAAACAAGAAAGCUCCUCUAACCACGCUGAACAAAAAAGAUUAUUAAAGGAAAGAAAAUUACAAAGAAAGUCUGGUUCAGAGAUCCAACAUAUUAAACAUAUUUGGGAAAAAUUACGUUGUAAGAGCCCUCCAUUACCUAAAAAUAUUCGUGAUAAAUUGUCUAAUGAAAUCUGGGAUGUCGCUAAGGAUAAAAUCUCUGAUUUGGUCCUAAAACAUGAUGCUUCACGUAUUGUACAAACUUUAGUUAAAUACUCAAACAAGGAACGUCGUGAACAAAUUGUCUUGGCAUUAAAGGGCAAAUUUUACCUGUUAGCCACUUCUUCAUAUGGUAAAUAUCUCUUAGUCAAACUAUUACAUUAUGGAUCCAGGAAUUCUAAACAAUUAAUUAUCAAUGAAUUACAUGGUAAUUUGAGAAAAUUGAUGAGACAUAGGGAAGGUGCAUAUGUCGUAGAAGAUUUAUAUGUUCUUUAUGCCACAAAUGAGCAAAGACAACAAAUGAUAAGAGAGUUUUGGGGGUCUGAAUAUGCUGUUUUUAGAGAUGAACACUCUAAUUUGACCAUUGAAAAUGUUUGUAAUAAAUCUGUUGAAAAGAGAAACAUUAUUGCUAGAAACUUGAUUGGUACCAUCGCUGCCUCGGUGGAAAAAGGAUCUACUGGGUUUCAGAUAUUACAUGCUGCUAUGAGAGAAAUGAUAAAGAUCGCAAAUCAAAAGGAAAUUAAUGAAAUGAUAGAAUUGUUGCAUGAACAAUUCGCUGAAUUAGUUCACACUCCUGAAGGUUCUGAAGUAGCAUGUACAUUAAUAGCUAAAGCCACGGCUAAACAGAGAAAAUUAAUAUUAAAAGCAUUAAAAGUACAUGCAGAAGAAUUGAUUAAGAACGAACAUGGUAAUAUAGUGUUUAUCACAUUAUUAUUAACUGUAGAUGACACUGUUUUAAUCUUCAAAACUUUCUCAGAUAUUGUGAAAGAACAUUUAACAGAUUUCAUCUUGAACAAAUAUGGUAGGAGACCAUUCCUUUAUAUGUUGUUGGAAUUAGAUGGGAAAUAUUUUGCUCCUAAUGUUAAAAAGGAAUUGAACAAAUACAUUGAGAUGUCUAAAGAGAGUUCUAAAAAAGAUCCAUUGGUUAGAAGACAACAGUUAUUAAAUAAAUUUGCCCCUUUGAUCUUAAAAAUUGUUAACAAGGAUUAUUCUGAUUUAUUGUCAGCAAAUAUCGGUUCUCAAUUCAUCUCUGAAUUAUUAACAAGCGAUGACUUAUAUGAACAGUUAGAUGAUAGAGGGAAGAAACAAUUCCAUGAACUAGUGGAAUCCAUUUCUAUUGCGUUUAAAGGUGAUAUUACAGAAGAUGAACAUCCAAUUCAUAGACCAUUUUCUGCAAGAUUGUUAAAAUCAUUAAUACAAGGUGGUAAAUGGAAUAACAAGGAGAAAAAAAUUGAACCAUUAAUUAAGGUGGAAGGUCUUGGUGUAAAAUUUGCUUGUAAAUUUUAUGAUGAAAUUGUAGACUCUUCUAAUUUAUUAACAUGGAUUAACAACAAAGAUAGUUCUUUUAUUAUCGUUGCAUUAUAUGAAUCAUUACAUGAAAAGGAUGAAGGCAAGCAAUUGUUGGAUGACUUGAACAGUAUCAAACAAGAUAUCGAUGUUUCUGAAGAGACUGUCAAUAAAGGUGCCCAGUUACUUUUCAAGUUAUUGAAUUAA